CUUUCCUUCCAUUUCGCAGCUGACACUUCCAUCAACUGCAAAAGUUAGAAGAUUCAUCAUCCCUGUCACACCUCACAACCCUAUCUUUAUCCUCGAUCCUAUUUCCUUAUCUUUCAAUCUCAUAUCUUUUUCUCUCUAUAUCUAAGCAAAUCACCCUUCUUAAUCCGAUCCAACCUCUCCUAUUCAUCAUCAUUGUUCCAUUCCCACCCUCCAAAACAUCAAUCUUUCCACAACAAUGGCCAAGAACCCAAUGAGAGUUCUAGUCACUGGCGCUGCUGGGCAAAUAGGGUAUGCUCUUGUUCCAAUGAUCGCCAGGGGGGUCAUGCUAGGUCCUGAUCAACCAGUAAUCCUGCACAUGCUCGAUAUUGAGCCUGCAGCUGAGGCCUUGAAUGGGGUGAAAAUGGAAUUGGUAGACGCUGCCUUUCCUCUUCUUAAAGGUGUUGUUGCUACUUCGGACGUUGUUGAAGCCUGUAAAGAUGUCAAUAUUGCUGUCAUGGUUGGUGGAUUCCCACGAAAGGAAGGUAUGGAAAGGAAGGAUGUUAUGUCUAAAAAUGUAUCAAUUUACAAAGCUCAAGCUUCAGCUUUGGAGAAGCAUGCCGCUCCAAAUUGCAAGGUGUUAGUCGUAGCGAACCCUGCAAACACCAAUGCACUGAUUUUGAAAGAAUUCGCACCUUCAAUCCCAGAGAAAAACAUCACAUGUCUUACACGUCUUGAUCACAACAGAGCAUUGGGCCAAAUCUCUGAAAGGCUGAAGGUUCAUGUUAGCGAUGUGAAGAAUGCGAUCAUAUGGGGCAAUCAUUCUUCUACUCAGUAUCCUGAUGUCAAUCAUGCAACUGUGGCCUCUAACAAUGGGGAGAAGCCUGUCAAAGAAAUUGUUGCGGAUGAUAAUUGGUUGAAUUCCGAAUUCAUCACCACUGUGCAGCAACGUGGCGCUGCCAUUAUCAAAGCUAGGAAGCUAUCAAGUGCUCUCUCUGCUGCAAGUUCUGCUUGUGAUCAUAUUCGUGAUUGGGUUUUAGGCACUCCAAAGGGGACUUGGGUUUCCAUGGGAGUGUAUUCUGACGGAUCUUAUGGCAUCCAAAAAGGCCUUAUCUAUUCAUUUCCUGUUACAUGUGAAAACGGAGAAUGGUCAAUUGUGCAGGGUCUCAAGAUAGAUGAAUUCUCAAGGGCAAAGAUGGAUGCAACAGCUAAAGAAUUGGUCGAGGAGAAAUCAUUGGCCUAUUCGUGCCUCAAUUGAAACUCAACUUGCAAUUGACGCUGUACUCCUCUUCUAGUAGG